CCUGAUUCCAAUGGCGUAUGCGGUCGGCGCCCAAAUAUCCCUUGGCAACCUUUCAAAGUGCAUGGAUUACAAUGCAGCCUGCGUCCAGUUCCUGAUGGGCUUCGUGCACAGCCUGGCCAGUACGAACAAGCCACUUGGCAAGGCCUACGUGGGACUCUGGCCCUUCGUCCUCCUCUACACCACCGAGGGAGCCGAGGCCCUGCUGAAGAGCACGACGGUGCUGAACAAAGCACUUUUGUACAAGCUGCUCAACUCGUGGCUUGGCACUGGCCUCCUUACCAGCCCUCGUUCCAAAUGGCGCGGCCGCCGCAAGCUCCUCACGCCAGCGUUCCACUUCAAGCUGCUGGACGAGUUCCUGCCGGUCAUGACUGAGCACGCGGACACGUUCGUGCGGCGGCUGAACGGCCUGGGGGACCGGGGUCCCAUGAACGUGGUGCCCCUGAUGUCCGGAUGCACCUUGGACAUCAUCUGCGAAACAGCCAUGGGAACAUCGGUGAACGCUCAGGGAGAUGAAGGGUCUCCCUACUUCAGUGCGCUUAAAGUGGUGUCGGGAGCGUUCAUAACGCGCGUGCUCACUCCAUGGAAUUGGGUGGACGCCAUCUACUUCGCCAGCAAGCAUGGCCGAGAUGUCAAGAAAAACACGGACUACCUGCACAGGUUUACCCAACGCAUUAUCCGCACACGAAAGGAGAAUUACGUGGAAACUCCAGAGAUCGUGGAUGUGACGUCGGAGAAAACGGCACGCGGUGUCAAGCGCCUCGCGUUCCUGGACCUCUUGUUGUCUUGCCAUAUGCGUGACCAACGAUUCACAGAAGAAGGCAUCCGCGAAGAAGUGGACACCUUCAUGUUCGAGGGUCACGAUACGACCUCCGUCGGCCUCUCCUUCACCUUGUACCUGCUCGGACUCUACAAGGAGGCGCAGGAAAAAGUUCACCAAGAGCUGGAUGCCAUCUUUGGUGAGGACAGGACCCGCCCGGCCACCGAAGAAGAUCUGAAGCAGAUGAAGUACCUGGAAUGCGUCAUCAAGGAAAGUCACAGGCUGUACCCUCCAGUGCCCAUUGUGGCUAGGCGUACGGAUGAAGACAUGGAAAUAGCGGGCUACCAGAUUCCCCCCGGAACCACAUUGGCGCUGUUCAUGUACACCCUGCACCGGGACGAACGGUGGUUCCCCGAGCCAGAGGAGUUCCGCCCCGAGCGGUUCUUCCCCGAGAACAGCGUCGGCAGGCCGGCCUACGCCUACGUGCCGUUUUCGGCCGGACCUCGAAACUGCAUCGGUCAGCGGUUCGCCAUGAUGGAGGAGAAGGUAGUGAUUUCGACAAUUCUUCGCCACUUCCGUCUGCACAGCCCCGAUGAAAGGGACACCAUCCUUAUCACGUGGGAGCUGGUCCUCAAGCCCCUCAAUGCCCUCAAUGUGCAUUUUCUGCCCAAAAAGAAGCUUUGAAGAUUAUCUCUGU